AGGACAUAAUGGUUUAGGACUGAAAGCAAACACGCCGGUGCCUGUUUGCCCUGGACACGCGCAGGUUAAUGAUUAGAGCCCCAGCCACAGACCUGGAGCCGGCAGACCGCUCUGGGACAAGCUGAUGGAGAGACCCCCUGAGGCAGCAUUAAACAUGACCGUAGAGAAGGAGUCCAACGAACUGAACAACCUGAACCCGACCCAACCCAACCCGAAAAAUGAAGAAGAGAAAGUCCCCCCGAAGACGGCGGCCAGAUGUGAUCCACUUAAGGAAAUCCGUGUUUCCUCCCCGAUUAAUCCGCGUAGUCUGUACAAAGAGAGGUUUAUCCUCAGAGGGGGGCGAAACUGUGAAUGGGGAGCAGCCAAUCGGAUCGCUGUGCGAAACGCGUCGGCGCCGCGCAUUCUAAUCCCCGCUCUGUUGCAGCUGUUUUUGGCGGCGCUCUGCUUCACUUAUUUUGCCAAAGCCUUCUCCGGGAGUUACGUGAAAAGCUCCCUCACUCAGAUCGAGAGGAGGUUCGACUUGCCCUCGUCCACGGUGGGAAUGAUCGACGGGAGCUUCGAGUUCGGUAAUUUGUUAAUGAUCGCCGUCGUCAGCUACUUUGGAGCCAAACUCCACCGGCCGCGGAUUAUCGCCGGCGGCUGCCUCAUCAUGUCGGUGGGAAGCUUCCUGACGGCCACGCCGCAUUUCUUCAUGGGGCAAUAUAAAUAUGAAUCGUUACGGACGCAGCCGGCCGCACAGAGUAAUUUGAGCGCCGGCGUCUCGCCGUGCCUGGCCAAUCGGACGCUCGAGGACCUGCAGUCAGACUGCGGGAAAGAAACGCGCUCAUACUUGUGGGUUUGUAUGUUAAUUGGAAACUUGUUACGAGGUAUCGGAGAGACGCCAAUCACCCCGCUGGGAAUCUCCUACCUCGACGACUUCUCCAGGCCGGAGAACACUCCUCUGUACAUAGCGAUUCUGCACACGGUGGCGCUAUUCGGCCCCAUGACCGGCUUCAUGCUGGGAUCCUUCUGCGCCAAGCUUUAUGUGGACAUCGGAUUCGUGGAUCUGGACAGUAUUACCAUCUCGCCCCAGGACAGCCGAUGGGUCGGCGCCUGGUGGCUCGGGUUCCUUAUUGCUGGGGCGAUAAAUCUAUUAUCUGGAAUCCCGUUCUGUUUCCUGCCCAAAAGCCUGAAAAGCCAAAGUGAAGAAGCGGAAGCUGUUCCAGAGAAAAUGAACACCGACGAGAAGGAGCGGGAUCGCGACAAAGCGACGGUAAAAGGGUUUUUCCUCUCGCUGAAGACGUUACUCUGCUCCCCUCUGUACGCCGUCCUGCUGUGCGUCACCCUCCUGCAGAUGAACAGCUUUUUGGGGUUCAUCACCUACAAGCCGAAGUACAUGGAGCAGCAGUACGGCCAGUCCGCCUCCAGGGCCAACUUCAUCACGGGGGUGUCCACGCUGCCCGCGGCCGCUCUGGGGGUCUUCUUAGGGGGUCUGAUUAUGAAGAGGUACAAGUUUGGGCUCCUGUCUGCGUCCAAGAUGUCGUUCGCGACGUCCCUCGUGGCGUUUCUCCUCUCGCUCUCCGUGUUUGUAAUCGGUUGCGAGAAUAACGACGUGGCCGGCCUUACGGUGGCGUACGACGGGGUUAAACCGUCGGGGCCCCGGGACGGCCUGGCGUUUGCUCCGUGUAACUCUGACUGCGAAUGUUCCCCGAGGCAGUGGGACCCGGUGUGCGGAGAGAAUCGGGUCACAUACAUGUCGGCGUGUCUGGCCGGCUGCAAAUCCUCCACCGGAUCCGGACGGGACAGAGUUUAUUACAAUUGCUCGUGUAUCGGGGCCACAGGCUUCCAGGCCACCAAAUUGUCGGCCACGUUGGGGACGUGUCCCCGGAGCGAGAACUGCUCCAAGAUGUUCCUGUACUAUACGAUAAGCCAGGCCUUCGUCACCUUCAUCUUCGCGCUGGGAGGAUCCGCUACUUAUAUCAUCGUCAUGUGGUCCGUUAGUCCGGAGUUAAAGGCCCUGGCCAUCGGAGUCUAUAUGUUACUGAUCAGAACCCUCGCCGGGAUCCCGGCCCCCAUAUACUUCGGGGCCCUCAUAGAUAAGACGUGUUUGAAAUGGGGAACCAACGCCUGCGGGGGGAAAGGGGCCUGCAGGAUGUACGACGCGGCCUCGUUCAGGAAUACAUUUUUGGGUCUGACGGCUGGAAUCCGCGCUCCCAUUUACAUCAUAUACCUGGGCUUCAUCUACAUGGUAAAGCAGCAGCUCCGGGGGGCCGUCGGAAAAGCCCCACAAACCGCGGGGAGUGUGGAAGAAGCCGCCGGGGUAACCCGCUACGAGAACGAGGCCAGUAAGGAGGAGCGCGAGGCGCUCGGCGCGGAGUCCGGCCUUUAAUGUUUCUAAAUCUGUGUAUUUCUAAUAAAAAGAAUCCAUGUUCUUGUGUA